AUGGCUGCUUGGCCCAACCAGGAGUUGAUUUUUGUGAAGGGCAAGACAGCCAAGGGGCCCCGGGGGAGGCUGAGCCACCCCUGCCUGAUGCACCUGCUGACAAGGUGUGCCUCUUCUGCUAGCAGCCUGGAGGAGGAGGAGGAGAAGGACCGGUGCGCCACUUGCCUCGGCUUGCAGGCAGGCACACUCUGGGCAGCCUCUGACCUCCUCCAUCCUCUCUGUCUCUCUCUCUGGCCAGGCAUCCAGUCUUGGGACAUCGACCUCACGGCCUGCAACCUGGACCAGCAGCUGAAGCUCUUCGUCUCCCGCCACUCCGCCACCUUCUCAGAUCUCGUGCGAGGUCAGCGGGCCCUCCACCAUCGGGGGGAUGUCCUGGAGACCCUGGUUUUGCUGAACCCAUCAGACAAGUCCAUCUGCGAUGAGCUCCGCAACCUGAUCACUGACCCCGCGCGGCACAAGUUGCUGAUCUUGGCCGGCCCCUGCGUGGAGGAGACCGGGGAGCUGGUGCUCCAGACAGGCUCCUUCUCCUUGCGGGACUUCCUCCAGAUCUUUGCCGACAAAGAGGUGGGAGAGCUGCUCAGCUCCGCAGAUCCAGCCGCCAAAACCAGCUUGACCGUGGCUUGCCCAGACUUCGGCGCCUGGAAGUCCCCCCAGCUGGCCCAGCACCACCUGCAGGAUUUCAUUGAGCUGCGCUUCAACCCGGGGGCUGUCCUUCCCGAGAUGGAAGGGCUACAGGAGUUCCUGGAGUACCUCUCAGAGUCCCUGGACCCCCCAUCCCCUUUCGACCUGCUGGAGCCCCCCAGCACCGUCGGCUUCCUGAAGCUCUCCCGCCCGUGCUGCUACAUCUUCCCCGGUGGGCGGGGUGACUCAGCGUUCUUCGCCGUCAACGGUUUCAACAUCUUGGUCAACGGGGGCUCCAACCCCCGCUCCUCCUUCUGGAAGCUGGUGCGCCAUCUGGACCGUGUUGACGCCGUCCUGGUGACCCACGUGGGGACAGACAGCCUGCCGGGCAUCAACAGCCUGCUGCAGCGGAAGCUGGCCGAGGUGGAGGAGGACGUCUCCUCCCAGGGCUCCCCGAGUGAUGACUGGAUGAAGAACCUCAUCUCCCCUGAGCUGGGUGUCGUCUUCCUCAACGCCUCCGAGAAGCUGAAGGCCAUCCAGGGGGACUCGGGGGUCCUGAAGAGCUGCGAUGAGGCCAGCUUGGCCCUCCAGUACCUGGACCGGCUGGGUGUCAAGCCGAAGCCCCUCUUCAGGGAGGCCGGCCCGAAGGCAGAGCCCAUCAUCCUCUUCCAGAAGAUGGGCGUGGGCCGCUUGGACUUGUACGUCCUCAACCCGGUGAAAGGCAGCAAGGAGCUAGAAUUCCUGACCCAGCAGUGGUGCGGAAAUGGGUACCCCAAGGGGCUGGAGAUGCCUCUCCAGUGCCUGACCUCCGUCUGCGCCCUCUUGGUUUGGCACCCCGUCAGCCCCACUGAGAAGAUCGUCCGGGUCUUGUUCCCCGGCUGCACCCCGCAGGGCAAGAUCCUGGAUGGGUUGGACAAAGUCAAGCACUUGGAGUUCCUUCGGUACCCGGUGGUCACCCAGAAGGACCUGGAGUCGCUCUCCUCCUCCUCCUCUUCCUCCUCCACCCCCCAGACCAAGCAGAAGAGGGUCGGGAGCCAGGAGAGCCUCCGGUCGGGGUCUCGGCAGAGCCUUGUGGAGUCCAGCCUGCCCGUCUCGAAGGAGAUGAAGGAGCCCAAGGCGGCCGGUGCUCGGGAUAGGACCAAGGUCCCCGGUGAGGCUUCGUCCAAGGGGGGUGUCGAAGACGAGAAGGGCAGAGAGCCUCGCUCGAAGGCGGAGUCUGCUGUGGAGAAGCCCAAGCCGCUGAAGGAGAAGCCGCCGGUGAAGAAGGAUGCGAAAAAGCUGGUGACAAAGGAGGAUCCUGUCCCGCAGGAGGAAGACGCGGCCCGGAAGGAGGGGAAGGCGGCCAGAAAGGAGGGGAAGGCCGACCCCUCCAAGAGGGAGACCCCAAAGCGCGAGGAGGCCAAAGGGGACGAGAAAGCAGCCAAGCUGCUUCCCUCUCGGAAGACCCCAAGCGGAGAGCCCCCCAAACGGCCCCCAAGCAAGAUGGGUAGCUUCAAGAAGACCGUCCCCACCCCCAAGAAGGAGGGAGACAAGCCCAAAGCUAAGCUGUCCAAGGAUGGGGCUCAGAAGAUCUCUGGCGGCGCCAAGGGGGUCCCGUCGGAGGCCCUGCCCCAGAAUGGGGUGCAGGGGAAGGGGGUGCCUUGUCAGGGACCCCAAGGCUGCCUCACCGCCGCCGAGAAGGAGCUGGAGCCUUCGGCCCAGGAAGGUGCGGCUAGCGCUGGGAACAGGCCUGCGCAUCCCCAGAACGGCCCGGGAGCGGCCGCCAACCCGGAGAGCCCUCAGCCUUUCCGGCACCUGGAGGCCAGCUCCCCCCUUAAAGGCGUCUGCCCCCCUUCCCCGCUGGCCAAGACCCCGAAGAGCGACCGGAGCGUCCACCUGGAGCUGACCCCGACGGACCUGAACCCUUGCCUGGAAGGGGACGAAGCCUGCGGCGGGAGCUCGGAAGAGAAGACGCUGGAGAUGAUGUCCCCCGCCAGCUCUGCCUUGGCCAGCGCCGGGCACACCCCUUUCCACCCGUCUCCCGAGGGGGACGACGACGACGCCGUGAUGGCAGAGGCCCCAGCCUCUCUCCUCGGCCCCUGGCGGUCAGAGGGCCCCGGCCCGCAGGCCUCCUGCGACAACUCCACGUCCUCCCAGGAGAAGCCUUCGGGGGGCUUCUCCCCCGGCCUGGUCCCGGACGCGUCCCUCACCCUCACCACCCCUUCCCUGCCGGCCGAGGUGGGCUCCCCGCACUCGACCGAGAUGGACGAAUCGCUUUCUAUCUCCUUUGAGCAAGUCCUGCCCCCCGUCAGCGAAUUCCCACAGGAGGAGGCGGAGAACCUCCGGGCCGGAGAGGCAGAGGCGGCUGUGGGCAAAGCCGGGAUGUCUCUCCCCCUCCGUCCUUGUCACCCGCCCCCCGGCGCUCACCACCUGCCCCGGUCCGGCCGCCGUUCGGAUUCCCCCCACGACGUGGACCUCUGCCUGGUGUCCCCCUGCGAGUUUGAGCACCCCAAGUCGGAGCGGUCCCCCUCGGUCCGCGGCAGCCCCCGAGACAUGUCCAACAGCAGCGAUUUCUCCCAGGAGCUGACCAAGCCCCUCGUCUACCCCCGGAAGGGACCCCGCAGCCGCCGGCCGCCCCCCGUCGUGGACGAGACGCCCCCCACCUCCUUCAGCGAGUCCCUGCCCACCCUGUCAGACUCAGAGGCUCCUCCCUCCAUGGAGGAGUGCCCCUCCAUCACGGCCGACGGUGGCCUGGACUCGGACGACGACCCGGAGACUCUGGCCCGGAUCCGCGACCCCCUCCCGGCCGUCCUGAAGGACCCUUGCCCCCUCCCGGCCCAGCCGGGCAUCUGCAUGGUAGACCCUGAGAGAGAAGGGGGCCCCAAGGCCAAGCGGGCACCACCCCCUGCACGGGGGGGCUCUGCGCCCUCCAAGACCAGCGCCCCCAGCGGCCGGGCCAAGCCUUCCUCAGCCACUAGUGGGGGAGAGAAAGCCUGGGCCCCUGCCCUUGGCAGGAGUGACCCCUUCCCCUCCCGUGGGGGCGCCGGCGACAGCCGGGCCUCCAUGGGUCAGCGAAGCACCAGCAGCCGGCCCCUAUCUAGGGGCGGAAGGUUCUCUCCAGCAGGCACCAAGCUGGGCCUUCCUCGCCUGCCGGUCUACCUGGAGUUGGCCUACAUUCCCGGCUCGGCCAGCGCCCAGCAGGUGGACGAAGACUUUUUCCGCCAUGUCCGCUCCCAGUGCUAUGUCAUUAGCGGCGAGGACCACCUCAAGGAGAGCGUCAUGCGGAGCAUCCUGGACGCCCUCUUGGCCGGGAAGCAGCAGUGGGGCCAGGACACCCAGGUGACCCUGAUCCCCACCUUCGACUCGCUGGUCAUGCACGAAUGGUACACGGAGACCCUGGAGCGCCAGCAAGCGCUGGGCGUCACGGUGCUCGGCAGCAACAGCACAGUGGCCAUGCAGGACGAA